AUGACAUCAGACCCAUUAGCCAAGUAUACUCCGUUCAUUCCCGCACGAAAAAGCUCAGAACAUGCUCUUAAACUCAUCAUCAUAAUGGUUGGACUCCCAGCCAGAGGUAAGUCUUACCUUUCCAAACAAAUUGCAUCAUAUCUUAAAUCUCAAAAUCUUGAGACUGAAAUAUAUAACGUGGGGAACACCAGAAGAGCAGAGGAUGGGAAACAACAUGACGCAUCAUUUUUCAGCUCGUCCAACAAGGCUAACGUAAGACUUCGUGAACAAUUUGCCAUACACACUCUUACCGAGUUACUUAAUUGGUUAUAUCUGGAUGAAGGAGAUAAAGUGGCGAUAUUUGAUGCUACAAAUUCUACCAAGACACGUAGAGCGGCACUUUUAAAUGUCAUUGAUAAUUUUGAUGCCACUGUGGAUUAUAAAGAUACCGAAAUUUUGUUUCUUGAAAAUAUAGUUGAUGAUGAACAUAUUAUAAAAUCCAAUAUAAUGUCCAAGUUACUACUUUCACCUGAUUAUAAUGAAUCUUUGGACAAUGAAUAUAAUUCCACUGACAUCCAUGGUGGGGUUAAUUCCAUGAAAUUAUCACCAAGUCAAACUAUAGCAUAUCAAGAUUUCCAACAAAGAUUAUAUAAUUAUCAACAGGUAUAUGAGACGAUUGAUAUUGAAGAACUUGCAAUUUUAAAGCUUGGAAGUGCCAACAAUAAUAAUGUGAAAAUGAUUAAAUUAUACAAUUAUGGAGGUACAUUCAUGAGAGCAGGAGACAUCUCGUUAUUUAACGUGAUGACAAGUUCUCAACUUCUUCAGAGUAAGAAACCCAAGCAAUUAGAAUCCACUAGAGGGUAUGUUAGUAAGAUCUUGGAGUUCUUAUUGGGGUAUCUGUAUGAGUAUGCAACACCCCCAGAAGGCGAGACAAUUAAACAAAACAGAAUCAAUUAUCAUUGCGUAAUUAGCAGGUAA